AUGCAGUCAAUUCACAUAAAUACAUACUCGGAGCCAAGCGGCUACCAGCUGGGCGAGCUGGCCAAGCCCGUCAUCGAGGACGAUCGCGAUGUGCUUAUCAAGGUGCACGCGGGGAGCGUGAAUCCGGUCGACGUCAAAAUGGCAGUCGGUGUCCUGAAAAUGGUCACCCCGCUGCAGUUCCCAUACAAGAUUGGCUAUGAUUGCGCGGGCACGGUCAGCGAAGUCGGCUCGGCAGUGUCGCGAUUCAAGGUCGGCGAUGAAGUCUAUACUCGACUUCCCGGAUCACACCGCGGUGCAUGGAGUGAGUACGCAAAGGCACCAGAGAAUUUUUUUGCACUCAAGCCGACCAAUUUAUCGUUUGAUGAUGCGGCAUCAAUUCCUCUAGCUGCGGUGACGGCAUUCCAGGCAUUACAGUCCGCUGGAGAUCUCAACGGAAAGACGGUUUUUAUUCCUGCGGGAUUGAGCGGGACAGGUGCAUAUUGCUGUCAGUUAGCGAAGAACGUCUUCAAAGCCGGCAAAGUUAUCACCACAGUGUCAACAUCCAAAGUGCCAAAAGUGAAAGAGUUGCUUGGUGAAGGAGUCGUCGAUGAGAUUAUCGACUACACAAAAGAAGACCCAAAAACUACUAUCCCAUUAGGCUCUGUCGACUUUAUGUUUGACACUGUCGGCAUGGCCAUGCCUUAUCUAUGUUUAUUACGUCCAAAGACAGGUCUAGUCAUAUCUAUCUCGCUGAUUCCAUCCGGAGAUAAGCUUGCGGCCUCUGGCGAAGUGCCAGUUCCAUUCAUCCUUCGAAAAAUUCUCAAUUUAGUCGAUGCAAUUAACAGAUGGCGAGCUUCACGCUGGGAUGUUACCUACCAGUACUUGUUCAUGGACCCGAACGGAAAGGACCUGGAAGAAAUCAAAGAAUCAGUUGAGCAGGGGAAGCUGAGAGCCGUGGUUGGCACGAAGGUUCAUUAUAAGGACAUUGACGCCGUUAGGGAGGCCUGUGGCGUCGUAUUCAACGGUAAAGGAGGAAUCGGAAAGACGGUUAUCUCGUUUGAUUAA